AGGGAAACGCGGAGUUGAAGAAGUUUUCUGCUGUGAGGUCGGAGUGAGCGGAGUGAGUCAGAGAGUGAGGCGGAGUGAAGCGGGGAGCAACACGUUACAGCAAAAUGGCAACCCCGUAUGUGACAGAUGAGUCCGGGAAAUACAUUGCUGCCACCCAGCGACCUGACGGAACAUGGAGGAAGCCGAGGCGGGUGAAGGAUGGUUACGUCCCUCAGGAGGAAGUACCAGUCUAUGAGAACAAGUACGUGAAGUUUUUCAAGAGCAAACCGGAUCUGCCGCCUGGCAUGAGCCCAUCCGAGUCAGCGCCGCCAAAGCAGCAGCAGCAGCAGCAAAAGAUCCCCGGUUGCGGGGAAAGCGAUGCAGCCGGUCUCUCAAAGUCUGCCAAGCGCAACAUGAAACGUAAAGAGAAACGAAAACAGCAGCAGCACCAGGACGGGGACGCCGACGUGGACUCUGUGAGCGACGCCGUGGAGAACGUGUCCAUUUCAGAGAGCGGCGAGUCUUCAAACAAGACGGGUGCGGCACUGGCGCCGGUGUCUGUGUCUGCCACGUCUCCUGAUGAUUCCUCGGCGGCUGAAAGGGCCAAGAAGAUCAAAAACCUGAAAAAGAAGCUGCGACAAGUCGAGGAGCUGCAGCAGAAAGUGGACUCAGGGGAAAUAAAAGAGCCAACAAAGGAUCAGUUGGAAAAGCUGGGCCGGGCACUGGCCCUAGAAAAUGAGUUACAGCAGCUCGAGCGUGAAUCUUGAAGCAAUAAAGGAAAGAAAAGAGUCGGACAGACUAAACAUAAACUACAUACUGAAAGACUUGGAAGGGACCUUUGCAGCUUUGUGAUCAUAGCUUCCAUUAAACAUAUUCUACCUAUUUGAUAUCCAUUAUGAACUUCGGAGGUGAACCCAGCGCCUUUUCAAGCAGAGACUGACAGGACGUCCUCGUAGCCGGUGCCACAUCUUCAGAACUGACGAGUUUUCUAGACCCUGAUCUCCAAAUAAUGUCAUGACUCCUGCUCAUAGACUUGUAUCGGACACUCAUUUAUAAAUCUCUUUUAAAGACGUCAUUGUGAAUUGUUUUGUGCGUGUCUGUCCUUUUCUUCCAUUUUGUACCUUUCAUGGCAUCAGGUAUUAAUUACACAUAAAAUGGAAGAAAUCUUUUCUGUCUGCUUUAAAGAUGUUUCUGUCGAUGAUUGGACGGCUUCUUGUAAGUCAAACUAAUGUCAAAGCACUGUCUAUACAGUCAUUACGUUAAUUAAAACGACAUGCUGCGGAAAGUG